GAAUCGCAGCACGAAUGAAACCUAGCGGAUGUAGCUGCAGCAGUGCAGCAGCAACAAGGCAAGUAGAUGGUGGAUGUAUAAACACAAAUAUGGUGCAACUCUUACGAUCAGGCGGCCGCUGGCGUCACCUAGUGCUAAACUUUCGGAUCAGCAGCGCCGGCAGGUGAUUUCGGCGUGGAGUGUGUUACGACGCCGCAAGAACGUGACGAUAGCGGCUGGUAAUCAACGUUUAUUCGUGCGCAGCUUGCGCUUUAUAUGGUAGACAGGCAAGGGGAAGGCGAGAGGGAAAGGGAGAGAGAAGGUGGAAGAUAAGAUGACAAGCGCCACUGUGCUUGUGGCGGCGUAGCCGAUCUGCAACAGUCUUCUCCCUCCUAGGGGGAAAACCGCACUGGGGCUCUCCUGGUUCGAGUCGGUCGCUGCAGGCCUGGCGCUGCCUCCGGCGGCGGGAGACGUGACGGACUGGAAGCACUUUCCGGUGGACUUUCGGGAAGCCGGGGCUUGAUUUGAUCGAGGUGUCUGUGAAGGACGUCUCCCUCGUUGCCGUCGGCGGUGACCAUGCGUGCGCCGUCCGUGGACUGUACUCUAGCUGGUGUCCACAGUUCACCUCUUCCAAAAUUUCGCACCCAUACUGGUUCCCCUGUGUGGACAGGAUUGUUGGUAUAAGUGUCGUUCCGAUCGUUGACUCGUGAUGGUGGGGUUACGACCGCAUUAUCUAGCCUUGAGCGCAGCUCGUAUCCCAUUAGCAGCAUGGCCGGGGUCUUGCCACCUGCGGAAGGUGUCCGACGGUACUGAUGCAGCACCCUUGCUAGACGAGUCUGCAGCGACCCUUGCUUGUUUUUUUUAAGUCCCUGUUUCACUGUACGGACGGCGCGCUCCGCCAGCCCAUUAGACGGGGGGUGGUAAGGUGCCGUACGAAGGUGAACGAUGUUAUUGAGCCGCAGAAACUUUCCAAACUCUUCACAUGUAAACUGUGGGCCAUUGUCAGAUACAAUGGUUUCUGGCAACCCGAAGGUGCUAAAUACCGUUCGCAACGCCUCAACCGUAGAAACCCCAUUGGCACUUUUUAUGGGCACCGCCUCAAUCCACUUCGUGUGUGAAUCUACCACAACUAACAACAUAAAACCAUCCACUGGUCCCGCAAAAUCGAUGUGCAAUCUGGACCAGCGUCGCCCCGUCUCCGGCCACGGAACAGGUGUUUGUCUAGGUGGCAUCGGUGCGGCCUGCACACAAAUAUGGCACGUCUUUACGAGUCGCUCAAUAUCUUGGUCAAUGCACGGGUACCACAGCAUUGAGCGAGCUAGCGUCUUCAUGGAGCCCAUUCCCUGAUGCGUAUCAUACAGUAGUCGUAGCAUUGCUGGUCUGGCAACUUGCGGCACAACCACGCGAUGGCCCCAAUACAAAAGCCCAUGGCUAACAGUCAUCUCGUCUCUCCUGUCAAAGUAGGGUUUUAAAUGGCUGUCCUCUAGUGCUAGACGAGAGGGCCAGCCUUCCUGUACCCACUUCCGCACCUUUGCGAAACCAUCAUCUUCCGCCGUCAAAACGGCCAACUGCUUAGCCGACAAGGCGCCAUCGUUGAGGCUUUCAGUGAGGAGAACAUACUCACAGCCAUCCACGUCUUCCGCCGAUUCAGGGGGUGCUGAUCCAGACGCUGGAAGCCGGCUGAGUGCGUCGGCCGGAAUAUUGGCUUUGCCGUCCUUGUGCUGGAUGACGUAGUUGUAGGCCCCCAGCAGCAGAGCCCACCGUUGGAUCCGCCCCGCAGCCAUCGCCGGUACGGCCUUAUCAGGAUGAAACAACCCCAACAAGGGUUUAUGGUCAGUCGCGAGCGUGAAACACCUUCCCAAGAGGUAUGUUCGGAAUUUCGACACACCGAACACCAAAGCGAGGGCCUCCCGCUCUAACUGUGAAUAAUUCCGCUCGGCGGCUGUGAGUGUGCGAGAGCGGAACCCUAUGGGGCGCAGGACCUCCUGGCCAACAUCGUGAGACAGUACGGCGCCAAUGCCCAAUGGUGACGCGUCACACUCAAGAAUUAACGGCUUGUCUGGGUCAAAAUGCGCCAAGAAGUCACCUUUUUUGAGUUGGGUCUUCGCCUCGCUAAACGCGCGUUGCUGUCUGGGUCCCCAUUCCCACUUUGCCUCCGCGCGGAGAAGCUCGUACUACGGCGCCAUGAUCGAGGACGCGUUCUUGAGGAACUUGUGGUAGUAAUACCCCUGUCAGACGGGCACUUCAAAUGACAUUUACCCCAAAUGACAUUCAGCGUAAAUGUCAUUUAGGCAGUGUCACACGGGAACUUAAAUGACAUUCGACUUAAAUGACAUUCGAGCUCAACUGAGUUCGCCCAAACUCAUUUACGGCUCGUAAAUGUGUAGCCUCGUCAACAGCGGUCAGCGCAAGUUCCGCGAAUUGAAAUAAAACAUUAUAAAUAAUAUAAAUACAAUUGAAAACAGUGCUUGUAGCAAUUAUUUUUAGAAAAAAAUGCUUAUAACCUGUAUAUCUCGCACACCUUUUGCGAUAUAUUCGUUUAAUAUACUCGCGGUCUCAGUUGCCCAGUACCAGCCGUUGUCUGCUCGCUCGUCUGCUCGCUCGCUUACCUCGGUUGUUUAGCUUUCCCAUUCCUUUUGCCAUUUAUCUGUCUCAUCUUCUAUUUCUUUUGUUUAUAUUUUAUCAUCGUUUUAUAGUCUUUUAUUCUUGUGUUGUAUAUAAAUAAUAUUUUUGUUGUACAUAUAUAUUUUAUUGUUUUAAGUCGUUUUAAGAACGCGCGCGAAGUGACACCAUGUCGAACGGAGCGGGACCAGCGGGACCUUCGGCCGCGAAGAAGAGGGAACCGCGCGUAGUGUGGACUUCCCAGGAGACCUGGACGUUGAUCCGGCUCUGGGAGGGCAGAAUGGAGGACCUUCGACGCGCCAAGCGUAACGGAGGAGUGUACGAAGAGAUUGCGGAGGAGCUGCUUCGUUGCGGCAUCGUGAGGACGAAGGGCCAGGUUCACACCAAGAUAGAAAAUUUGACCAACACGUACCGAAAACACCUGAGGGAAGGGACCACCACGGGUUCCGGUGCCAUGAAGUGGCCCUUCUUCUGGGACCUCAACCGACUGUUGGGGUCCCUACCGCUGAACGACACGACCCUCGUGGAUGAAAGCCUAGCUUCUAACAAUGCUACACCAGCAGUAGUGGAGUUGCUCUCCGACAUGCAAGAGGGAGGCGUGGUCGAAGUGGACUACUUCGAGGAGCCCGUCGAGGAACCGGGAGAGGAGCUGCGUGGCGAGGAAAGCCAAGUCACCAGCACCCCCGCCACUACAAGUGUCAGCAGGCCGGGGCCCAGCAGCGUCAAUGGCACGAGCAACGUGCCGCUCAGGCCACAGAAAAGGAAGAGGCCGCAAGCUCCAAGCACCGCAUAUAUUAAAACGGUGAUUGAUGAGCAGAGGCUGCUCAGGCAGAGUUUUGAGGCAUCGAGGGCAAGAGAGUUUGCCCUACGCGAGCGGGAAAUAGUCCUGCAAGAAACCGCCAUCAAGGUGCAGCAAGAGCUCGCGACUUCAUUGAUGGCUUUCAUGAAUAAAAAUGCCUCGUAAACUGCAAUG